AUGGUGCGUACGUGUAUUUGGGUUAACAUCACAACUGUUUUUCUUUAUUUAUUUAUUGCUUUCUCUCUUGUUUUUCUUGCUUUUUUCUUUCCUUUUUUCUUUGUUUUUUUCUGGCUUUUUCUUUCUUUUUUCUUUCUUUUUCCUUUUUCCUUUUUCUUUUUCCUCUUUUCUUUUCCUUUUUUCUUUUUCCUCUUUUUUUCCUUUUUUCUUUUUCCUCUUUUUUUUUCCUUUUUUCUUUUUCCUCUUUUCUUUUCCUUUUUUCUUUUUCCUUUUUUCUUUUUUCUUUUUCCUUUUGUUUUCCUUUCUUUUUUCUUUUCCUUUUUCCUUUUUCCUUUUUUCCUUUUUCCUUUUUUACUUUUUCCUUUCAUGUUUUCCUUCCUUUUCUUUUCUCUCUCUCUCUCUUUUCUUUUCUCUCUCUCUCUUUUCUUUUCUCUCUCUCUCUUUUCUUUUCUCUCUCUUUUCUUUUCUCUCUCUUUUCUCUUCAAUGCACGUUUCUUUCCCCUCGCCCGACUUGUUUCCGAAGACUGUGCGCUUAUUUUUUUUCUCUCACCCGACUUGUCUCCUCAGGCUGCCCUCACUCGACUUGUCUCCUCAGGCUGCUCUCACUCGAGUUGUCUCCUCAGGCUGCUCUCACUCGACUUGUCUCCUCAGGCUGCUCUCACCCGACUUGUCUCCUCGGGCUGCUCUCACCCGACUUGUCUCCUCAGGCUGCUCUCACCCGACUUGUCUCCUCAGGCUGCUCUCACCCGACUAGCUGCUCUCACCCGACUAGUCUCCUCAGGCUACUCUCACUCUGACUUGUCUCCUCAGGCUGCUCUCACCCGAUUUGUCUCCCUCAGGCUGCUUUCCCGACUUGUCUCCUCAGGCUGCUCUCACCUGACUUGUCUCCCUGUCAGGCUGCUCUCACCGACUUGUCUCCCGGCUGCCUCACCUGACUUGUCUCCUCAGGCUGCUCUCACCUGA